UGCCCUCCUCUCUCCUCGCAGGUCAUUGGGGGUUUGGUGUGGAUCCUGGUGGCCUCGACCCGAGUCUUCCCAGACAAUCCUCUGGGCUGGGUCAUGUUCGUGUCCAUCUUCUGCUUCGUCGGGACGACUCUGUGGCUUCUCAUCUUCGCCUGUGGAGGCAAUCAGAGCAGCUUUUGGCCCGGCCUGGAUGCUGGUUUUCAUUUUGUGGCAGCGGUUUUCUACCUCAGUGCGUCGGUGGUGUUAGCCUACAUCACCAUUGUGCAUAAGACUGCUUCAACUAUUGACAUAACCCUACUGAAGAUCUACCGACUUGACAUUUCUGCAGUGGUGAUGUCCCAUGUGGCUACUCUCCUCUACUUCCUCCACGCCAUUUUCUCUGCCAUCCGAUGGAAGAGAGCCUGAAGCGCAACCUGAACCCCUCCAGACGUCAAACACAAGGAGAGACGCAGAAAAAUAAUGGCAUAUGUGACACAUUUUUGUUUUUCCUGUUUCGUUAGAACAAAUGGCGAAAAAAAAAAAAACUAAAGUGAUGAAACCCAUUAUGCACAAUAUAAGUCGCUGUUUUGACACGAUAAGCAACUAUUAGGUCUGAGUGAUACUGCUGAUAGAAGUGCUUAAAAAAAUGUCUUUUUAGAAAAAUACAUUCAUUCAGACAGUCUGAGUUGUUUAACAAAUAGGAAAAAACGAUUUCAGUGUUUUCAUUUCAUGGUAGUCAUUUGACCUUCACAAAGCAGCUGCUUUAGAGUCCACUCAACCAGCAGAAACCUUUAAAACAAACCCACGUACAAUUUUAUAAUUCACUCCAGAUGUUUCGAAGUUGCUUGUUUUUUGUUUGUUUUUUUUCCUUAUGAAUGCACGAAAGAUACUUUUCAGGUAUUUCCUUUAUUAUUUCAAUAACUGCACAGGUAACACACUAAAUAUACGACACAGAGGUAAACAGAACCACAUGAAAAUCAAGUAAAAUUCUAAUGAAUUACGACUACUACUACUACUACUACUACUAAUAAUAAUAAUAAUAGUAGUAAUGAUAAUGUCAAAAUAAAUUAGAGUCAAUUUGCAGUGGUCAAAACUUGUUUUUUUUUAAGAAAAAAAAAACACCCAAAGUUCAAAGUCUGACACGUGUCAUGAUCCAUUUCACAUCCUUCAUGGUCAAGCCGACUGCGUUCGCUCUUUUGAUCUGUUUUUUUUUUUACAUUUUAAAUGAGGAAAUCAUAAAACAAAAAAAGAAUGAAGAGAUUAGUUUUUGAUUAACUUUUUUUUUAUUCUAUUCCUAAAGAACAAUCUGUGUUGGUUCCCGUUUUUAUGCUCUGUGCUGUGGAAUAAAUGCGGAGAUUUCGAGAUUGUAAAUAAAUGAUUUCACUUUACAGGUAUGUUGAUAAUCUUUGUCACAAAAUAAAUAGAU